AACUCGAGUGUUCGAGUCAGUUAUAGCGCCAUCUUUCAAUUUCGAAUUUUCAUACAUAAAUGGGCAUAUACGCAGGGGUUAGAGCAUUAUAUGUGUAAGGCUUUCAAUAUCCGCAGCAUACAAACCUGAUACAGACCAACAUGUUAUGACUUGCACAUAUACCUAUAAGGAUCAGAGUCACCAUAGUUGAUUUUGAUUAGUGAUCAGUGUGUCUUCGUGAGCCGCAGACAUCGGCAUCAGGCGUUGCUCACAACGAGAUUUUUGUUCUCACCUUGCGUUUUUUUUGUCAGCAAAUAUACUUAUAGGUAUUUUAAACAAGAAAAGGUCAAUACACAAAAAUCACAUUGGAUUUGGAUGAAAAACAUUUGAAUGUAUACAAGUAUAUAUGAAGAUUGAGCGACUCUCUUUUAUAUAAAUGCUGAUUGUGUUGAAUUGGUUUAAACACUAAAUUACAAUGGUUCCAAUGGAUUUGUCCAUAACUUUUCCAACCGGACCUGAAUACAGACAAUCACUGAGUGAUUUAAAACAGUUACUGUUCACUGAAAAAAUGGGAAACUCUGACCAGAUUUUGGCCAGCAUUAAAAACGCGGAUGUAGGACAUGAAGCUAAUCUUCGUUUCCAAUUCUUAGAAAAGCGCGAAGUCCCUACUUCAGAAGUUAAUAAUAUUUUUUAUGAGUUUCAAAAGAGACACAAAUCAAUGAAUUACAAUGAUCUAUUCAAGCAAAAAGACUCAGCUUCCAGUUUCUUUAAAAGAAGAAAAAGAACAAAAGGUGAAACCGUUUAUCGCGAGUCGAAACCUCUCGUCAAAAAUCAAGCUCAUCCUGCACUAAUUCGCGAGAGCUAUGCAACAAUUAUGCACCGAGUAAUGACUCCUAAAAUUAUUGGGAACAAUCGAAACAAGAAAAAGAUCUUGAAAAGUUUAUUUAGAUUCAUGCAAACCGCAAAAACAGAAUCGUUCUCCUUGCUUCCUUUAGUAAAACAAAUCAAUAUUGAAUCUAUUUUAUGGCUCACCAUCGAAGACCAAGAAUUGAAAUUGAUUUUUGUUGCUAAACUCAUGAAGUGGAUGUUUCGAUUUUUUGUACUCCUCAUAUGCAGGUACUUCAUUAUUACAUACGUUAAAGAAGAGAGAGUUUUCUGUUUCAUCAAAGAAUUAAACAGAGACAUUAAAAGAGAUUUAGCAACAAAGAUUAAGAAGGGCCUGCUGGAAGAAUGUUCAGAAGAUAGUAUUAAUUCUAUUGAAACAAGAAUGUACAUGGUGCCAAAAGCUGAUGGUUUUAGAACUAUCACUAGACGAAAAUAUCCUGCUGAUGAACUUAAAAGUCUAAGAAAAUCUUUACGUGUUUUGGAUUUUUUGUUUGAUAAAUAUUUGAAAACUCCUGAUAGCGUAUUUAAUGAUGCUUACGUCGACGUUACAAUCGAAGCAAAUGAAUCAUCGCAAAAAUAUUACGUUACGGUGACUGACAUCCGCGAUGCAUUUGGAUCGAUUAUACAGAAUAAACUGUUUGAUAUUUUGACAGCGUUAUUCGAGCUUUUGCCGGAAAUAUUAGAAUUUACUGCAUUCUAUGGUGGUAAAAACUACAAAUACGGUUUCCCACAGUUUAUUAAUGGCAAAGGUGGAAAAAGAGUCACCGCACAGAAACGCAACAUUUUGGCAAUGAUAGAAAAAACUAUUUUUAAUACGAAGGUCGCAAUGCACAACAAACUGUAUAACGUUUGCAAGGGUGUUACGCAAGGCUCAAUUUUGUCGUCAAAGUUAAGCGAUAUUUAUUAUUUAUCGAUGCAGCGAAAAUACUUCGCUGAUUUCCGAAAAUCUGGCCGGAUAUUUAGUCAUGUGGACGACAUCAUAUAUAUCACAGCGAAUGAAGAGUUUGCAAAACAAUUCUUAAAUCGCGUAGAAAAGGGUAUUCCCGAGUACAAUUGCUGGUUUAAGAAAUCAAAAAUUGUGUCCAACUUUAGCAGAGAUGUUGCUGUUUUUGGUGAGAGUCUGGAAAACACAAUCAAAUUUUUGGGCUGGUCGAUUGACGGUACAACGUUGGAAGCAGAGCCAUAUGUAAAAUGCUCUAUCCGGCACUCUAUCUCGUAUUCUGCAUCGUUAGAUAUUAUAAAAUUAAAGAAUAGACUUAAAAACCUGGAGUCAAUAAAAGUAAAGGAGCCAGCCUUAAGCAAAUAUAUUAACAGCAACAACAAAAUUUUAAGUAACAUAAAUGUAAUUGCCAGAUUGCAAGCACAACGGUGCUUUGCAAUCGCAAACAGCCUCAGUGAUACUACUAUUUUGACUUUGGAUGCCAUUGCUGAGACCAAUAAUAAAAUUAUGAAGAAAAUCAAGAAAAUCACCAACUGGACUAAAACUGAACAGUUGGAAUACAGCAAAGAAAUUCGACAUAUUUUUUGGAAGGCAUAUUACGCAACUUUUAUUAAAAAAAGUGAUCUUUUUCCAAACCUCAUCAAGACGUUUAGAAAAUUGACGAGAAAAAACAAUGUGCACAAGAAGCGUAAAAUUCGAAAAUUCGUAAAAAGAUCGUCAUUAGUUUCCAAAAGGGCCAGACAUAUGUAAUAAUGUUAGAUUGCCUAUAUUGUUUGCUUAUUGUAAUUUUAAUUACAAUAAUGUACACAAGAAUGUACUGUUUUCAAUUUAUUUGGAGAUUUAGUACAUCAAAUUUUGUGAUAAUCUGCCAAAUGCCUUUGUAUUUUAAUAGAUUUCUCUAUUAUUUUUUAUUUUUAAAUAGUAAUUAAUGAACAAUUUUAUGAUAAAAAUAAAAAAUGUCCGAAAAAUUGUUUUUUUUUUAUAUCUAUGAAUUAAAAAAGCAUUAUGUAAUUAUAUAAACUUUCAACUUCACAUACACAAAUUCUUAUUUUAUAAUUGUUUUUAUUACAAAGUUAUAAGAAUAUCUUAUAAAGCUCAUAACACAUAAAUGCUAGCACUCAAAUGAAAUGUAACAAUGUGACUUAUCGCUGAAAACAUGACUUCAAACGUGAGUUUUUUUCAAUUUAAAAACAGUUCUAUGUUAACUUUUAUCACGUCUUUUUGAGUAAGACAUUAAAUAUAAAAGUCCUUUUAUUGUAA